UAAAAAAUGGAGGACUCAAGGAAGGAAAAACGGGAAAACGACUUUUUCUCUAAUCCAAAUUUGACAGACAUCAAACGGAAGCGAGAAAAAUACCUUGUGUCUCUUAGAAAGAAGAAGAGGUACCAGAUCUUUAUGGAGAAGAGGAAAAUCAUAACUAGAGAGCCUAAUCAGGAAUUCUCAGAAGGUUUGAGGCUCUAUGAGUCUCUAGAAGAGCAAAAUCAGAAGGAUCUUACUCUUCUUGGAAUUACUCCUGAGGAUUUUGGUGAUGAAGGGUUCGAGAAGGUCAUUUCUACAUUUUGUAGCUCCACUGAUCCUGAAGUCUUAGAGGCCUCCAUCCGGAUUCUAGACAAUUUUGUCAAAGGCAUGAUUGAGACAAAUAGAGCACAAGAAUACGUAUGAGAGCUUAGAGAUGAUCUCCUAGAGAAAUACGCAGAGAUCUUACAACUCGAUGGUCAUCUUCGUUUGAAGUAUAAUGUUUUGUGAUUCGUAAUAAACCUCACUGGAAUUACAGCUGAAUAUACACCCAAAUUUUAUAAAAAGUAUGAAGAAACUUCAUUUACUAAAAUUUUAUGCGAAAUAAUCACUCAAGAAAUUGACCAAGUAGAUGCUAAGAUUUCACUUAAAACUUGCAAAGUUGCUUCAGUAGCUCUCUGGGUGAUAAGACAUUUAAUUUGAGAUCAAAGAAUUAGAGAGAGUUUUCUCAAAAACAAUAUAUUUGGAAAACUCCCUCUUGGAUCACUAGAGUGUCCCUCUGAAACAACAAUAACAGAAAUAAGCACGUCUAUUUUCCAAAUUCUAGAUACCCUUACACUGAAUCUUGACGAAGACUAUUUUUAUUCCCUAUUUGAAGAGUUUUUGCCAAUUUUGACCACGACUAUUCAGAAAAUUUGAAAUGAUAAUUCUCUGACUCUUAGGGACAUUUUAUUCUCUCCCCAAAAUGCCCAUCCUACAAAAUCCCAGAGUGAGGCUUUCCUAGCACACAAAGAUGAGGAAGACAAGGAAAGUAACCCUUCAAGCUCUCAAAAAUUUUAUACUUCCACUGAUAUAGACAAGCAAGUAAAUAAAAACGCUCCUGAAGAUUUUGCAUAUGACCUCAGAAUUGUAGUGUUAAAAAUAGUCACCCAAGUGACUUCUCUCAGCAGCCACUUCAUCGAUCUCUUGAUGGGAGAGAUUCCAUCUCUCCCUGAAGAGACUAUCAAAGUUAUUCGUGAGAAGGACAAAGGGAUCUCAUUCCUAGGCUUAAAAUUAGCAGGCGACAUGUGUAUGUACACAGGAAAACAUGAAGAUAUCUCCCUCAGAAUCACCAAAGCAGGGCUAGUAGAAGAGCUUUCACACGUAUUAGACACUUAUAGCGACGUAGUCGAUGUAGUUAAAGAAGCCUUAUGGACCUUUAGCAACCUUUGCUCGACUAGUACGACUACUUUUAACGAAAUUUUGGAACAUGACUACGCUGGACUACUUGAAUGCAUUUGAAAAAUAUUAGCAAAAACUCUAGAGCCCAGGAUUAUACACGAAGGAAUGCACUGUAUUAAGAAGUUGGUAGCCUUCAGAAACAAAACUGUCUGAGAUGUCUUGGUUGAAUGAGAUAUUAACAACAUUUUAAAGGAAGUUAUUAAGCUUCCAUCUCUAGCCCCAAGAACAUUAUCCCUUUGUUUAGAGUCUUUAUACAUUUUAUUCGAAAUCUCUAGAGGAGUCAGCCUUGCAGGCAAUGAUUAUGCCAGAAAGUUUUAUGAAGUGCAAGGCGUGGAAGUUUUGGAAGACCUAGCACUGAAAACAGUUAGCACCAAAAACACACAACUUGCCGAGAAAAUAAUAGAAGAAUUCUUCAGAAUACCAGAAUAAUUAAUAAAAUUUCAAC